AUGGCCCCUGCGGAAAAGAAGUGGGAUGACUCUGCCGAGCGUGACCUCUGCGUCGCCAUCAUUUAUGCAAACCAAGAUGGCGCCAAAAAGAGCUACAACUGGCCUCGCGUCGAGGAGAUCAUGACCAGUCUUGGUCACACCUUUACCAAGGACGCAAUGUCCCAGCACUUCAGUAAGACCAUCUUGAAGGAGUUCCGCGCUCGCCACCCCGAAGGCGACACCACCGCAACUCCUCCUGCCAGCGCCACCAAGCCCAAGACCCCUCGCAAGUCUGCCACCCCUUCCAAGAAGCGAACCAAGAAGGUCGCCAAGGGCCAGGACACCGAAGAUCAAGAAGACGACGAUCUCGAGGCCACUCCAAGCAAGAAGGCCAAGAAGGAAGACAAAACCGCCACUUUGAAGAAGGAAGAGCCUGAUUCCCAGAGCGGCGACGACGAGAGCGAAGAGAAAUUCAAGGCCGAGGGCUCAGACACCAAGGCUUGA